GUCCCCCUGUGAGUAUGAACCUCUGAAAACAGCCCACAUCCGAGGUCUCGUUCAAGGCGCUCUGGAGUUCAGCCCAUCAUGAAGAACUUCCUUACAGGAGUCGUGCCCUUGCUGUUGGUUCUGCACUGGAAACACGGGGCAGGAGUACCUCUUGCCAUCACCCCUGUCAACGCCACUUGUGCCACACGUCACCCGUGUCACAGCAACCUCACGAACCAGAUCAAGAACCAACUCAUGCAGCUUAACGGCAGCGCCAAUGGCCUCUUCAUCCUCUACUACACCGCCCAGGGCGAGCCAUUCCCCAGCAACGUGGACAAGCUGUGCGGUCCCAACGUCACGGACUUCCCCGCCUUCCACGCCAACAGCACGGACAAGGUCAAGUUGGUGGACCUGUACCGCGCGGUGGCCUACCUGAGCGCCUUUCUGGGUAAUGUCACCCGGGACCAGAAGAUCCUGAACCCCAACGCCCUCACCCUCCACACCAGGCUCAAUGCUACCCUGGACGCCAUGCGGGGCCUGCUUAGCAAUGUGCGCUGUCGCCUGUGCAACAAGUACCACGUGAGCCACGUGGACGUGGUCUACGGACCCGACAUCUCCGACAAGGACGCCUUCCAGAUGAAGAAGCUGGGCUGCCAGUUCUUGGGGACAUACAAGCAGUUCAUUAACACGGUGGCCCAGGGCUUCUAG